AUGGCCUCCAGCACCCCCUCGACGUCCACACAGCCCUACUCGUCGACCUUUUCGUUCACCCACCCUUACCCCCCACCAUCUGCCGCGUCGACGUCCGCCGCCGCCGCCAGCAGCAAACCCCAGCGCCGCGUCUCGCUCGCCCUCCCCUCCUCACCCCGCGUCUUCCCCGCCUGGAGCUUCCGGGACGAUACCGGCGUCGGAGUUCACUCCGGCGAUGCCGACGAAGACGAUGCCCGAGCCCACCCGGGUGCCGCCGUCCCGUCCGACAAGCCGGAGAAGAAGGCGCGGAAGAAGUGGACGAUGGAGGAGACGCAGAUGCUCGUCGCCGGCUGCAACAAGUGGGGGGUCGGGAACUGGAAGUCCAUCCUCAACGACCCCGAGUUCAGAUUCGACGGCCGGUCGCCAGUCGAUCUCAAGGACAGGUUCCGCACGUACUACCCCGAUGCUUACCGGCAGCAUUACCCCAACGCCAAGACCCACCUCUCGUCUAAAGUGCGCUCCGCGCUGCCCGACGGCUCGUCCAUCUUCGAGAAGACGCGGAGCAAGAAGCGUCGGCCAUUCACCGAGGAAGAGGACCGCGCACUCAAGGCCGGCUACGACAAGCACGGCACCGUGUGGGCGACGAUCGUGAAGGACCCUAUUUUCCAGGCGCAGAACAGACGAUCCACCGAUCUUCGAGACCGUUUCCGCAACGCGUUUCCGGACCUCUAUCAGGCUGCUGGGUACAAGCCGCGCAACACGACCAAGAAGAAGAGGGACACUCCGCCGCAGCCCGCACGGGCUGCCACCGAUGACGCACUCGCGAUGAGCAGUUCCGCCGGCCCCGUGCGCAGGAAACGCCGUCACACCGACCAGGGCCUCUUCCGGGGCGGCACCAAGAGCGUCCCAGAGAGCGCGAACGUCUCCGAGGACGAGGAGAGCUCGGAGGACGAGGACGGCCCGGCGCCGUUCUUCAAGGAGAGCGCGUCGCAGACGGACGAGAUGAUGAGCCCCGCGCCGACGACGACCGAGGUGGAGAUGCAGACUCUGGACUCGCUCAAUGACACCCUAACCAUCCCCGACUGGACCCCAUCACAGACUUGGUCGUCAGGUGUCGACACGCCCGUGCACUCUACUAGCGCAUGGUCGACGGCCACCAACGCGGCGUCCCCCACCUCUUCGCAUAUCUCCGCCACCGACUACUUCAACAACUCCCCAUUCCACCGGCGGAACGAGUCGGGGCCCAUGAUCGGCAAGUCCGCCUGGGGUCCGCAAGACUGGUUAUCCGCGAACCCCCGACUGGAGCCUUCAUCGAGUGGUUCCUCUUCGUACGUCGAUGGCUUCUCUCCCGCGCCAUCGUCCCCCUUCUCCUUCGCGCACCUCAACCACGGCGUCCUCGACCGCUACGACCUCUUCCCCACGUCAUUUGCCCACGACUUCGCGUCGGAGCAGCUUCCGCGGGUUACGCACCACUCGAACUACGCCGGCGACCUGAUCUUCGGUGCGCGCUCGCACCAGCCCCAACAGUCGGCAGACUACGGCCCUGGCUUCGGCUUCGGAAGUGCAGGUCUAGGCCUGUCAGGCCUACAACCUCCCUCGACCAUGCGUACACCUGCACUCCCCGGCAUCGACGAGAUUGAGCUUGCAUCGAUCACCCUGGACGACGAGGCGGAUAUGGCCGUGCCCAUGGAAGAAACCGUUGACACCGCAACGCACGGACACGACCGGAUGGCGCGCAUGCAGCACGCCGGGGUGCCCAUGUCCGUUUCGCACAACCGCUCCAUCUCUGUCCCGCCCUCGGAGCACCGCGCGUACGACCCGCGCACGGCCGUGCCGCAGCCGCAGUCGGGCCAGAUCCGGCCCAAGUCGCUCCCACACGCACACCCCGCGCCUCCCGACCCGAACGCGAUGUUCUCGUCGCUCGCACAGUCCGCGGCCGAGAUCUGGAAAUCCGAGGACGCCACGCAGGCGCAGGCCCUCGACCUUGCUCAGUCAUUCGCGAUGCAGAGCAAGACGCUCUCGGGGCUCCCACCGUCGCUGACACAGCACAUCCCGAUGUUCCAGAGUUGGCAGAGCGCGUUGAGCGGAGCGCAGGCGCAGGGCGUCGGAGCGGGCGCGGCCUCGCCCUCGGGGAUGCGCAUGGUGUCGGCGCACCAACGCGGACAGAGCGUGGUCUCGCCGCAGGACCUGCUCCUCAUCAAGGGCGACAAUAAGCGGAAGCGGUCGAGCUGGGAUGGAGGCCCGCGGUGA